UGCCCAGGAGCGAGCAAGCGAGCCGCGACCCAGCCCUGCACCCUGUCCUGCAGCGCGAUGCUCGCCUGGACCGCUCUCGGCCUGGCCCUGAGCUUGCGUCUAGCGCUGGCGCGAAGCGGCGCGGAGCCCGGCCCCCCGGCAACGGCCCCCCAGGGGGACCUGCUGUUCCUGCUGGACAGUUCAGCCAGUGUGUCUCACUAUGAGUUCUCCCGGGUUCGGGAGUUCCUGGGGCAGCUGGUGGCCCCUCUGCCCCUGGGCCCCGGGGCCCUGCAUGCCAGCCUAGUGCACGUGGGCACCCAGCCAUACACGGAGUUCCCCUUCGGCCAGCACAGCUCAGGUGCGGAGGUCCAGGACGCCAUCCGGGCCUCAGCCCAGCGCAUGGGUGACACCAACACUGGCCUGGCGCUGGCUUAUGCCAAGGAGCAGCUGUUUGACACGACAGCCGGUGCCCGGCCAGGGGUGCCCAAGGUGAUGGUGUGGGUGACAGAUGGCGGCUCCAGCGACCCCGUGGGGCCCCCCAUGCAGGAGCUCAAGGACCUGGGUGUCAUCAUCUUCAUCAUCAGCACUGGCCGGGGCAACCUCCUUGAGUUGUCGGCCGCCGCCUCGGCCCCUCCCGAGAAGCACCUGCACUUUGUGGAUGUGGAUGAUCUGCACAUCAUUGCCCAGGAGCUGCGAGGCUCCAUUCUUGACGCGAUGCAGCCGCAGCAGCAGCUCCGUGCCUUCGAAGUCACGUCCAGCAGCUUCCGCCUGGCCUGGCCGCCCCUGCUGACCGCCAACUCUGGCUACUACGUGCUGGAACUGGUGCCCAGCGCCGAGCCGGGGGCAGUGCGUCGACAGCAGCUGCCGGGGAACACCACGGGCUGGGCCUGGGCUGGCCUUGAGCCCAACACGGACUAUGACAUAGCUCUGGUGCCCGAGUCCAACGAGCGCCUCUUGGGGCCGCAGCACCUGCGGGUGCGCACGCUGCCGGAUGAGACCGGGCCGGAGCGGAUCGUCAUCUCACAUGCCAGGCCGCGCAGCGUGCGUGUGAGCUGGGCCCCGGCGCUGGGCCCGGCCACCGUGCUCGGCUACCACGUGUUGUACGGGCCACUGCAGGGCGGUGCGGCGCAGCGCGUGGAAGUGCCCGCGGGCCGUAACAGCACCACACUACAGGGCCUGGCGCCAGGCACAGUUUACCUGGUGACCGUGACCGCGGCCUACCGCUCGGGUCGCGAGCAUGCGCUGUCGGCGAAGGCCUGCACGUCCCCCGGAGAGCGCAGCCGCGCCCCGCCCCUCCCCGACGCUGGGGCCCGGGGGCCGUGACCCCGCCCUCGCCCUGCCGGGACUCCGCGUGACCCCCCACCCCGGCCUUGCAGCCGGAGGGCUCGGUCCCGCGCCUGCCCUCAAGGACGCGGGCCUCACCUGACUUCCCUGACCAGACCCUCCGCUGCUGCACUGGCAGCUGCGCACAACCGGCUGGGUCCUUGGGCUCCUGCAAGCCUCUCCCGGCUAUAAGCCGGGCACACGGGCUGUCUUUUGGGCAGGAUUUAGAAGAGAGCCUGGGUAGGCUGAGAACACCUGGGCUGGCGCUGGGCCCAGGACGGAGGACAGCAGCCAGACCCCCUCCCUCAUGUGAAGGCCUGUCCUUAUGGUGGCCAGGGCUGGCAUUGGUUCGAGGGAGUUUGGCCCAGCAGGUGGCUCUGUGUCUCCUCAGCCACUCAGGUCCUGGAUAUUGAUAGGAAGGCAGGACAAGGGGAAGCAAAGUGGCACAGGGUAGUCCCCCAAAGGCUUCCUGGAGGGGACAGGAAAAGGAGUGGGAAGUGCUGUGAAGCUGAUGGUGUGGCCAGAAGUAGAUGGGGGGGCCUGGGGGUGGUGCCUGUUGGGAACAAGUAGCCCUGUGUUCCUGCCUGGGAGCCCAGCUGGGCCCAGUUAGCCAUCACUGGGGGGUAGAGGGCAUCUUUUGAGGAAAAGAGCUCCCACUCUGGCCCCCUCCUGGGCCCCUGGCCCUGUUCCCUGUGGGGGUGGAGGCAGAUGGCCCCACCUGGUCCAGAGAAACAAGGCUCCCUGGGGUGGGCCCAUUACCCCAGUGGUUCUCUGAAGCAUCCUCCAAUCCCAAGGGUUCACGCUCUUGGGCUACCUCCUGGUCAGUACAUAACUAUCCUGGGGCCACCUGACAAGCCGUGUAGGGCAGGGAGCUCCAUCCAGGCCUGCUCUCUCCUGUGCCCAGAGUCUCCUCUCCAGCUCCCCUAAAUGUCCCAGACUUUAGAAUACAGUCAGUCAGACAUAACCUGCGCCCUGCCAUUGUUAGAGCGCUUUACUUUUUGUGGGAACGCUUACGGUGAACAGGGCAACUCCUGAGAGGCUGUGUGGGGAAGAUCUGCAGCUGCCCGCUGGUGCUGAGGAACAGAGGGGAAAGGUUGCCCCUCCCUUCUAGCUCUGGUGCUGACCACUGUGUCUUCUGUGACCCAUGUGUGCACCCUCUUUAGAGUCUCACCUUGUUUCUGUGAGCCAGGACCCUAUGAGCAAAGGCCACAGCAUUGGCCAUCGCCCACAUGGGGCAUUUAGUGGCUUUCAGGGCUCAGCCACAUGCUGGUGCCCUCUGCUGGCAAAGCAUCGCCCUCAGAGAAGUCGAUACUUUCUGCUAAUGCUUGCUAAUGGAAAUAAAGCUCCUAACCAGAGAGA